AUGUCUGUGAGCCCCAUGGUGAUGGCCAGGCUGCGCCUCCGGCUCCACGUUGCGACGAGGCGCAUUCGUAGACGCGGGGCAGUACAGGGGGCGAUGCAGUUGGACCCUGGCAAGCUACGCUUGUGCCCGUUGUUCUCCACUUGGUCACUAUCGGCUCUGUCGGAUCUUCUUCACGGGACGGUGCAGGAGGUGUAUUGCAAAGGAGAGGUGAUCGUCUACAAUGGGGAGCCACUCAAAUCCUCAUCGUUGUUUUGGAUCGCUUUAGGGAGGUUCGCAGAGGUCCCAAGCAAAAGCGAGAAACUAAUCGUUGGCCAUCCAGAGCCAGAUACCAGUGUCUCUUCUUCUAGAAGCACCAGUUGCAGAGUUCAUGCGUACAUCCCCACGACAGAAAACCACUCCGAUGAUUUCAUGACCUUCAGGGCGGGUCAAUUAGCUGCAGGGGAGCGCUUGUUCUUGGGAGUAUCCUACCGCAGGACGAUUCGUUGCGAGAGUGCUGCUACUGUCUUCCGCAUACCUUUCGAUACCAUCAUGAGGAUUCAAAAAAAGUGCGAUGUGUCCCUUGAAGCAACUGUGGCAGCUGCCAAAGAUAUUGUGAAGGGACAGAUGCUUCGAGCGAACGAAAAGCCCCCACUACGGUUUGCUCUUCUUCAGAAUCCUCUGCUGCGCGGCUUGGACGCAUCAACUCAGAGCAUUUUGUGGCUCCGCCUUUUUCCUGCGGUUGCAUGUGCACAAGAGACCUUCUGCAGGGACGUUUUCACGUCAGACACUAUAUUCUUUCUCCAGUCGGGGGGGGUGCGUGUUGGGGGAAUUCGAGGUAGUCCAUGGAAUGAAAUUGUGUCCCGUGGUAGCUCCUUUGGUUUGGAGAGUUUUGUACCGUAUGAUAUACCGCAUUUUUACGGUGAAAGGCGUCCUGCCACUGCUACAAGCUUUUGUCAGCUGUGGAGUAUUAAAAUGACUGCAGUUUUGGAAACUAUAACCGAAAGCGAGUGGAAGCGGUGUGCGGAAAUAGCCCAAAAGACAAUAAAAUUGAGAGUUUGUCGGGUGAAUCUGCGGAAGGUCCCUCUAUUCUCACACCUUCACGAGUCCGUAAUCGCUGCGAUAGAAAAACGGAUGCAGAUGCGUGUUGUACGCCCUGGUGAAUGUAUACUGGUCCCUAAAAAAAUCCCACAAGAAGCCAUUGUCGUCUUGGUAGGGGCUACGUAUUAUGCAAGUGAGAUGUGUGGUGGGGAGACCCCCAUUACUUCUGAGGUUGUAAAGACACCUGUUUCCUGUGGUGAUCAAGUGGCUUUUGCGGAGUGUAUAGCACAGAGACCUUUAAAACAUGGACUGUAUGCCGCCACAGGCGCUCUCAUAUUUAGUGUGACGCGCAGCGCCAUAAUGGGUUCAUUGCAAGAUUGCGAAACGGUUGUUAUUGGGGCGGCAAUGGCCCACCUUGACGGCCCGCGUACACAUUGUUACACUCAGCGCGUUGUAAAUAAGGCACAGGAGGAAGCUUUGCGUCGUGUUAAGAAGCAUGCACAUAAUCAGAGGAAUGAGGUUGCGUCUUUGUACAAUGAAGACCACUAUUGUCAUCCCCCUGACGCCGAUGUGGGUCAGGUAGUAAAAGUGCACACUCAGGUACUCUCAACCCUUACCAUGCAGAUGACAAGUCUGCGUUUCGGUGUGAUGGCAACUGGGCAGAAUACGCACCAAUAUGAUGUUGCAGCUCACUCUGCUAUGAGAGCACCACCUAACGUUGCGUCGCGGAAUUCUCACCACCCGCACUCCUGCUUCACACUUGACGAAAAGGGCCGGGUCCAAUAUUGUAGUGAAGGAGUCGUGCCGGAGAAGAAGCCGACUGGUGGUGAACAGUCAAUUGACGUAGUAAGUCAGACGAAAGAAGGCCGGGGUGCUGGUGAAAUAAUGUUGCCUGAAUGUUUGGCAGUGAAAGAAGGGUUUGCAAGGCGUCUCAAUGAGGUUCCACGCUCAUCAGCGCUGCGAUGUGUCCCUGGUGUGAAGGUCGCUGCUGUCGCGAGCCAUUCUCCUGCAUCUCACAGGGUAAUGGCGCUGCGACGCGAAGGGGAUAAAUUACAGAAUGUGGUUGAUAAUGCAUUUAGCCUUCCAUUCAAUUAUAUUUCUCCUCGCCCACGGCGGAGGAAUUCUGCCUAUGCCACGAUGUAA